UCUGCAUCACGCAUUGUUUUAAUCAGAAUUCCAUAUAUCAUUGAUUUCUUUGUAAUUAACUGCUAUAACGUUGAGUCGAGCUCUGCUCCUCCGUUCUAAGUGUUACAAAGUUCAGUGAAUCGUGAGAUAGUGACUGCGAGAUAGUGACUCUAACCUUACCUAUUAUAUUUUGUGUUGUGAGAUAUUGGACUCUUUGAACCUCCUGAGUUGAGUGGUUAUCUGUUCGUGUUAGUGCACCGACAUAAAAUGGAGCCACGAACUUCGCGAAAAGACUAUAAAAAUCACCAAUAUUCUGGUGCAAGAAAAAGUCGCAAACGAGUUCGUGGACAAAUGAAACGCCAUCACGGAGAAGUAAAAAGUCGUAAUGAAUUGUGGUGUAAAAGACCGAAAUUAGACGAUAAUGACAAAAAAGAAAACAUUUCUUCAAGUUCUAUAUUGAACAACACUGUCAAGACGUACAUCACCAAAUCGAAGAAGUUUAAUGUAGAAGCAAAUUAUACUCAAUAUGAACAAUUGGAGAAAACUGAAAAUGAAACCACAGCAGCAAAGCCAUUGGACAUAAAUUGGCCACUUAUUGAUCCCACUGUUAACAGUCACGAGUUGACUGUUGAAUAUGUUUCACCAGAUAAUUUGACUGGUCUUUCUGGAAACAGAAUUGUGGACCUAGUGCACGUCCUUCAGUGGGCUUUCAGACUGGAGAGACACCGAUCACAAUGUAAAGGAAGCAGUAUUUUAUUUAUAAAUGAAUUGAAAGAUGGCUUCAACAGCAUAUUUAUUUUCAAGUGUAGCAGUUGUUUAAAAGAAUUCCGGAACAGCAAUGAAAUAGUAGCCAAACACAAUAAAGCCUUUGUAUGGGGAACAUUAACAGCUGGCAGUUAUUACUCCCAAUCUGCUCACAUAACCAACUUGAUGGACAUCCCUACCAUGUCACCUAACAAGUUUCGGAAGACAGAGAAAAUAUUAGGUGAUGUCUGGCAGGACCACCUAACCAAAGAAAUUAAAAGAAAUGGUGAAUUAGAGAAAGCUCUUGCCUUGGGAAAACAACAUAUUGAUGAAGAUGGUGUGCCAUUUGUGACUGUGUAUGUGGAUGGUGGCUGGCCUAAGCGAUCAUAUGGCCAUGACUAUAGUUCUGCAUCAGGAAUGGCCUGCAUUAUUGGUAAAGAGACGAAAAAAUGUCUCUUCAUAGGCAUCAAAAAUAAAUACUGUUACCACUGUCAUAUUUAUGAGAAAACAAAUGAGCCAGUGCCUGAACAUACUUGCUUCAGAAAUUAUGAAGGGCCAUCGACAGGAAUGGAGUCGACUAUUUUGAUAGAAGGGUUUCAAAAAAGCCAAGAAAUGCACGGAAUUAAAUAUUUGCAAUUUGUUGGUGAUGGAGACUCUUCAGUUUUUGCACAACUCAGAGAAAAAGUCUCAUAUGGACAACAAAUAAAGAAGAUUGAGUGCAAAAAUCAUGUAAUCAAAAACUACACUGGUGCAUUGUACAAGAUUCUGGCAAAUACAAAAUUGCCAUUACUUGGCAGAAAAAUAUUGAAGCCGAAAGUGCAAAAACUUACUGCUGUGGCACGAAAAAUUAUAAUACAUGGUGAUCGUAACACUUUUAGAGAAGAUUUAAACAAUGGCCCUUCUCAUGUAUUUGGAUGCCACAAAGAUUGCAAAGAGUAUUACUGCAGAUUCAUCAACAGUGAUGAAAAGGACACAGAUCUUUCACAAGAAUUGAAAACAAAGGCACCCACAGUUUGGGCUCUCAUUUGUGCAGCAAAAGAGGCAGUCAUGUCAAAAUGCCAUCGACUAUCAAAUGACACAACAAAUGUGGUGGAAAACUUUAUGAGUGUCUUGAGCAAAUUCAUAUGUGGAAAAAGAUUGAAUUUGCACAAAGGUGGCUCAUAUCAACGCAGAGUAUAUGUUGCAGGCCUUUCACACACUGCUGGUGAAAACUGGCAUGCAAGCGCUUGGAAAAGCCACACAGCAUGUAGCCCUGGGAAAACAGUAAAAAAAUACAUUGCUCAAAAAGGAAAAUGUCAAGAAAGACGAAAAAACUACACCCGCAGGCGGCUUUUUGUCCCCAAAUGUAAACCUGACCAGAAUUAUGGUCCAAAGGCACAAGAGGCAAAUGAACCAAUUGCAGAGACAGAUCUGAAAGAAGCAUGUCUUCUAAAACUUAAAGAGUUUCAAAAAACAGAUCAGGAAAUUGAAGAUAUUGAACACCUGACCAUUGGGCAACAUGAAAAUGAUGUGUAUAAUACACAUAGAUGUAACAGGCUCACUGCCAGCCAGUUUGGAAUGAUCUGUAAGCGAAAAUCAACAACACCCUGCCACAACCAUGUCAAAACAAUUUUAUAUAAAAACAAUAUUCUGACCAAUGACAUGUCGUAUGGUCAACGCAAUGAGUCUGUGGCAAGGACAUUAUUUACAGAAAAAAUGAAAAAAAACGUGCGACCAGCAGGCCUCUUCAUUGACAAAGAAUUUGGCUUUUUGGGUGCUAGUCCGGAUGGGGUUAUAGAAGAAGAAAAGUCUAUUUUGGAAAUUAAAUGUUUCCCCUCAUUGGCUCGUAACAAUCAAGACAUGAAUGCUGCUGCUAAAGAUAGAAAAAACUUCCCAUUGUAUAUUGACAACAAUGGGAGUUUACAAAUAAAUAAAAAACACAACUAUUACUAUCAGAUUCAGGGGCAACUACGAGUUUCUCAAAUGAAGAAAUGUUAUUUUGUGGGAUAUAUUUCUCCAGCUCAUGAUAUUACAGUACUAGAAAUCGAGCGUGACGAAAAUUUUAUUUUGGACAUGUUACCUAAAUUGGUAUCAUUUUAUAAAAAUUCUGUUUUGCCAGAGGUGGUACUUCGAAAAGUAAAAAAUAAUCAAAACUGCAUAGAUGUUUCACUGUGGUAGCACAUUUAUUAUUAUAUUACUUCUCGAAUAACCGCCUCUGUAGUUUAGUGGUGGUUA